AUGGAACUGCUGCUGCCGGUGAGAACGGGCCUUCGGAGCCAGGCCACGGGGCCAGAACUGCUGCUGACGAUGCUGGUACAAACGACGGAAACUCCCUUAGAGCGCCAGCUUAAGCAUUUGAACUCACAGAUGUCGCAGUUGGUGACUAACCUCGAUACGCUCAAUAAGAAUGUCGACACGAUGUGUACUCAGUACCGGAGCAUUGAGGAGCUUGGCGUCAUCCACGCGUCGUUAUUCAUGGCGGGAGUGAAGGUUUAUGAACAUAACCUCGAUGAUAAUGGCGGUAAUAAUGAGACCAAUGAUGAUGACUAA